AAGUGCACCAGUAUAGUAAGUAGGGUUCUAUUUGGGAUCUAGCCGUUAGUUUAAGGCUCGUUUCUAUGGAAACGGAUGAUUCUAACUCGAGCUUGUUUGGUGCUGUUGGUCGGUCCGGACAGAACGCAGCUCUUAACUAUGUGAACCAGUUUUGGUCCAUGCUGGAUGAUAUGGCUGAAAGUAAUCCUAAUGAAUACAAGUCUUUUAUCGAGCGCCAGAUGAGAAACGCUACAGAAUAUUUUUCAUCUCCUGAGCCGAAAAGCUGCCUCCGUGCAUCUGUACAGCCACAUGAUGGAAUACUGUAUGUGAUCGUGUGUGGAUGGAAGAGAGUACCAGCGCCGACCUCUAGCUCUGACCCUGUUCCUGUUUGGAGCGGAAAACUGGAGACCUUUUCUGAAAGCCAAGAGAAUUACCAUAUAGUGGAGGUGGUCUUCAACCCAGAGGUUCUUAACAGAGCAGAGAAAAGCCCAGACGAAAUGAAGCAGAUACAUCUCCUGGCUCUAAGCUUUAUCCAGAAGCAGCAUAAACUGAGCUUGUCGGAUCUCUUCACUGUCAUGCAGGUUAAACUAAUGGGCACUGUACAGGAUAUGAAACACCAGCUAAUGUCAUUAAAUCAGACCAAAUCUAGGACACUAAACCAGGAUAAUGCUGAAAGUAAACCAGAUAAACCAGCCCAGUCACUGCUUCAGCAAAUCUGCUCACUACAAACAGGAGAAGCGAAAGAGGAGUCCAACAUUCAGCUGAAUCUGGGGCAGGAGAACAAAGACAAGGUCAGACCAGGUCUGAUUGAAGUAAUCUCCAGCACUGAAUUUGUGCAGCUUCAGCAGCCGAAACAUCAGAUGACGGUUUGCCCGACGACCAGUGACUCAGUCAGGAAGAUAAAACUGCGUGUAGAACUACCAGGAAUAAUCUCUGUCUCCCAGUGCCAGCUCAUCAUCAGCCAGGAUGACAUACGGCUGGAAGUGGAGAAGAUGUAUUUUCUUCAUCUGCGGUUCCCUGAGAAAGUGAAAGAGGAAACGUGCCAUGCAACAUUCAACAAGAAGAAACACAUACUGACUGUGAGGGCAGCUGUGCUGUAAAUUCAGCACUUUGCUACGCAACAAACCACCGUCUACUGCAAACACUUCUUUUCAGCUCCAUGAUUUUAAUAAUCUAUGUAUUUACUUUGUUGUGUCCUGUUACUCUCAUUUUCUAAGUGAUAUUUUUGACAUGUUCAUUAAAGAGUACAUUUUGCAUCUUGA